GAAACGUAACCACAAUACAACACUCUUCUCCAAUCCGCAGAGAGACACAUAUCGUGUGAACAAGGGUAACGGAAUGAUUCACUGCACUUGAAAAUCGAAAUUCGUCGGCGAUGGACGAAACCGCCGCAACAACGAAGCCUGAGUGGCUAAAUAACCACGCGAAGAUCGCCGGAGAGAGCAUCGAAGACAUCAACGGUGGUGGCGACGAUGAUUCCGGCGACGACGAAGAGGAGUGCGACGAGGAAGCUUGGGAUAUGCUUAGCCGGAGCUUCCGUCAGGCGCAGACGGUGCUGGACGAGAACCGUGCGCUGAUUCAGAAAGUGAACAACAAUCACGAAUCGAAGGUCCCUGAUAACAUGGCGAAGAAUGUUGACCUCAUUCGUCAGAUCAGCGGUAACAUCUCCAAGGUUCUCUCUAUUUACUCCGAUUUAUCUGUAAAUUUUUCCGACAUUGUUCGCCAGCGCCACGUCUUGGCCUCCACCACUGUUAACCACCACGAUUGUGACCGUGAACGCAGCGACGAUAAGGCGGAGAACUCAGGGGAUGAUUCCGCGGCGCACGUGGCGGAGAAAUCGGAGCUUUGCUUAUGAGGUCGUUUGGAGAAAAGAUAAUGAGCUGAGUUUGAUCAUAUUAUAGGAUGAUUGAAUUGAUGGCUGCGGGAAUGCAUAUCCCUACAUUAUCCACCGCAGAUUCGAGGUAUUUAUGCGAAGUUUGAUUUUGUGUUUUCAUGGUUGCUCUAUUCUUUUAUUCUUUUGUUUCAAUGGAGGCUCUGUGGAGCUGGGAAGUAGGGAACGGAAGGGGGACAAGAGAAGGAUUGAACCUAUGGCAUCACAUUCACCAUGGUAAAAUGGUCAUCGUUCAGUUCUCUGAGAGCUAGUAGUUUGUUAUGAGUCCCACGUUGAGUAGAAUAAGAUGCUCAAUAUGAUACUUAACCCUUGAAGUUCUCCCACCUAUAGGACUAGUCUUUUGGGUUGGGCUCCCUUCAUGUGCUUAAGUCAUAACAACUGGUGCUCUUGUUGAGAGUUGGGCCACAGAAAGGGCUACCUUUAGGCUGGAUCAAGGUACAAAAUGUGCCGAAUACGGAUAGGUUAGUGGAACCGCUGAAGGAUACCAUCGGGUCAGUGUCGAUAGAGUGAAGCUGCCAUGGACAUCAGCUCUUAAAGGAGAGGCUGCAAUGUUAUGAGUCCCAUGUUGAGUAGAAUAAGAUGCUCAAUGUGGUACUUAACCCUUGACGUUUUCCCACCUAUUGGACUAAUUUUUUGGGUUGGGCUCUCUUCAUGUGCUUAAGUCAUAGUUCGUUGUCUCAUGCUUGCGUUGUUUUUGGUAUUGUUGUUAUCAUUCUUUAUUCUGAUAUCUUAAUAAUCAGUAGACUAGAUAGCGCUUAAGAUUACUGGUUGAUUAAUUUGAUAUGAAUUCAUGAUCAAAGAUGUGGGAAGAGCAUAAAUGUAAGGGAAACAGGUAGAAGCUAGUUUACAAUGAGGCUUCUAUGAGCUGAAUAAUGUCCUUUAUUUUUUUAAGCGGUCUGCUUUGAAUCUUUAAUUCUGAAACUGAGACCAAACCACCUUAGAUGGUUUCCAUCAUAGUGGGGUUGGCAUCUUUCAUGGCAGUAUGCUGGUGUUGUGAUUCCACCAGAGUAAAUAGUUUUAUUUGGGAUUUUUAACUUUGAGACAAGUUUCACGCUACGAAACAGAAAUCCAGACAUUCAUGAAUUAUGAAUUAGGUAUUCUGCAUGUAGUAGUGCCUGUCAGCUCGCAGAGGUUAACAUCAGGGAUGCCUACAAUUCCUACAUCAAGGGAAUAAAUAUUGAAAUCUUGUCCUAUCUGUAAAGAAAGGUCGUACUGUACUCAACUGCUUUCUACAAACUGUUGUAAUUCUCAACAUAUUGGAGGUAUAAAAUACUUUGAAGGAAAACAUUUGAAAUUUAGUUUUCAUGGUACUGAAGAUUUUAAAAUCAAUUAGCUACUCAUCUCCAACAAGGUUAACAGAUUUCGCACAACCACUCUGAUGUUAUGAAUUUAUUGUAAUCAGCUUUUUUAUCAAAAUCUUUGCCUAUAUGGGAAUUUUAUUUCUGGGUCACUUCCCAUAUCACGUUGCUCCUCUGACAACACUUGAUGAUAACCAAAUUGACUUAGUAAUGUGAUCAUAAUGGGAACAUCUUUCAACUAUUUUGCAAAUUCUCUAAUGGUGCAUAUUUUGCAUAAAUGGUGGAGCAAGCAAUAAUUGGUAAUAUGUAGUCCAAUAACAUUUUGUGAUCAAUGUAGUGAAGUCACCUAAUGGGAUAAGGUUUUUGUUGUGGGUGGCGGUGGUGGUCGAACAAGACUAAAGAAACUGGUGUCUUGGGGUACCCACUUGUGCAGGAAGAUGGAGCUAAAUCCGUGGAAAGGAAGUGGCCUUUUUCCUAAAUUUGUGUAGAUAAUCUGUUUCAAUGUUCAAUGAAAGACUAUAUUCAAAGACACAGACUAUGGCUAUGAUGGACCUGGUAUUUUAUCAGGAUCGUUGACAUGGACCAGGGAUGGUGACUUGGUUUGGUAGACCUGAAUUUUAGACUGACGAGUUUUAUGGGACUUAUUAUGGAUGCCAUGUAGGGGUUUGUUAUAAACUAUUGUUGGUAAUAUAUAUAACGUAGAUAUAGAUUGCAGAUGAUCGGAUGCUAAUAGAGCACUAAGCUAGUGAAAUUCUGACGGAGUGAUACAAAUUCUGUGGUACUUCUGUUUAAUUGAGUAUUAAAUGUGAUGAAGAAAAAGUGUUUAGAUGACUUGUUUUCCACAUGACACAAGUUUGAAAAGUUGAUUUAUAAUUAAGUCGAU